AACUUGUUGUCUCGUUUACCUGCGAGUUGCUUUGUCUCACUCAUCACACCAGCUACUCCCAUCACCAUCUCACACACGCUCCCCUCACUAUAUUCACUACUUACAAGUUACUGCAACACACCCUCCAAUUCUUUUACUUGCACCCCUCAACACACAAUUCUCUUUACACUUUAAUCAAUCAGCUAAAAAAUGCACCAAAACACCACACAAAAAUGCCACUUUACUUUACCAUCACUACAGAUCUGAAACUCAUAGAAUCUCCAAAAGAACCAAUUUUGAUUUCUGGGUCUUGCUCUUUAACCUAUUGGGUCAUCGAAAAACCAUUCAUUUUUUUCAAUUUGUAACGGAACCGUUGUUUGUAGAAAAAUGGGGUCUAGUGGUAGCAAAGCCACUUCUUCGUGCAGUUCGUCAUCUUCUUCUUCGUGCAGUUUACGAAAAGGUCGAUCCAAACGGCAUAGAGGUUUUCCUUCUUAUUGUCUUGGAACAACUUCUGGAUCUCGUGACAGUGAUAAUGAUGACAAGGUUUCUGAUCAGAAUAAAGUAAAUGGAAGUGAUGCUACAUACACCGGCAGCAAUGACGUUGACACGGACGAAGUUAAAUCAGAGUCUUUUCGAAAAGUUAAAUCUGAUGAAACACCUUGUGUGCCUUCUAGCAUUGAUCUUGAUGAGUGGAGUCACACUGCAUCCAGAACCGCUAGUAGCUCUGCCAAUGGUUCUUCAACUCAGUCCACAAACCCUACAAGUCGGUUCCUUUCUCGUUUUAGUCUCAUUCCGGGUAAUAUAAGCUUCAGACUUAGCAGAACCACCAGUUUAGGGUCAUCUCGGCCUUGUCCUGUUUCAUCAGCAAGUCUUUCGAUGUUUAACAAUGAAGACGAGCUUAAUAGAAAUGAAACUCAACAAUGUAGUGACUUGCUUAAUGCGUCUUUUGUUAAUCGAGUCCCUAUACAGUAUCAUCAAGAUGAUCCUCAUAAUUUAAGUUCAAAUGCCCCAGCAUUCGGUUUGGCUGGCAAUUUGUCGAACAGUCCUACGCUGUCACCUAUCCAGGAUAUGGUUAGGAACGGAUAUGCUACACAAGAGAUGCGUGAGAUAAACCUGUUUUCUCCAAGAAUUCAUAAUGAGACGGUAAAUGUAGAGACUAGGCAUAUGGAUAGACGAAAUGGAGCUCGUGAACCUGUUGACCGCAAUGUACGUUUCAGCCGAACUUUAAGUGUUGGAAGGCUUCGUGACAGAGUUCAUCGCCGAUCAGCAUUGUCUGACUUUACCUUUUGCCCUCUGCAACAAGAGAGAGAUGCUAAUGAGGAUGGUGGAAGACAAGUCGGGGAGACGGGUACAAGAGUCUCACCAUCUGAUCGUAACGCUUUAAAUUUUCAUACUACAUCCGGGUAUCCUCUACACAACAUGUCUAGCUCCCCAUUUAGCACCCAGGACUAUGAGGUCGAGGCUUCACGGUCAAGAGAAACUAGGUAUCAGGAUCUGCUGGAACAUAGAUCCAAUUUCCUUGAACGGAGAAGAAGAAUACGAUCCCAGGUUCGUGCUCUUCAGCGAUUGGGUAGCCGGUUUGAGAAUCUUUCUGGACAUGACAGAUCAUGUAUCUUGUCCGGUCAACAUAGAAACGGUCGUUGUACAUGCAGAACAAGUAGUCGCGAUAACAAUUCAAACGAUGAUACCAAUGCUAGAGCUAGCAUAUCAAGAAUUGUUAUGCUAGCUGAAGCCUUAUUUGAGGUUCUGGAUGAAAUUCACCAGCAAUCUGUUGUUUUAUCUUCCCGCCCUUCUGUAUCUUCUAUCGGAUCUGUUCCUGCACCGGCUGAAGUUGUCGAAUCCUUGCCUGUCAAAUUAUACACAAAGUCGCACAAACAUCAAGAAGAACCUGUACAAUGCUAUAUAUGCCUUGUGGAGUAUGAAGAUGGCGACAGCAUGCGAGUACUGCCUUGUCAUCAUGAAUUUCAUACAACAUGUAUAGACAAAUGGCUUAAGGAGAUUCACAGGGUAUGUCCACUAUGUAGGGGGGACAUUUGUAUAUCAGAUUCACUGCCAACAGAGAACUAAAGUUGCAAAUUGUUAAUCAGCAUAUAUUUUUUUCUGAGACCAUAGCUCCUCCUCAGGGAAAGUAUUAUUGCACAUACACUUAUGUGACUAUAUUAAGCAGCUCAACCUUGUAUUCUCAUUGUUGUUGUCCGUGAUUAUUUAAUCCAAUUUCUGAAUAAUACAUAUCAAACAUUUGUAGAAAUAGAUUGGAACCAAUUACUAGCUCUCUUUUUGUAUCUAUCCAAAGAAAAAUCUUCGACACUCGGUGAA